CGCAACACGUAUGGUGCCAGAGAGAUCUUCAUGUAUGGCAGACGGACAUGGAGACAUGGUUUCUGUAUGUGUAAACUAGAUGACAGUAUAAUGCAUGAUGCCUGGUGCGGCUUGUGUGUACUGGUUGACAUCUUAACGCGUUCUUGUUGUUGCUGUUGUGACACGCCUCGGAUUGUAUAACAGGACAGGUUAAGAUUUCGUCUGGGUAGGAGGUAGGUCUUGCGAUCGCAGGUAGGUCUUGGGUCCUUGAUGAUCAUUUGUUGACAUGAUGGUUGAUCUGUAUCCCGGUCACGACGUCGAAGGUAUGUACCGUUGGCGGACUGUCCCAUGGUGUCUGACUACGGCAUAUGUCGUGCUUUGGUACGGGCUGCAUUUUAUGUCGAAGGUCAUGCAUGGAGUAAAGUAAGAGCAGUGUAUGAGAUGGCGAAUUGGAAAGGGGUUAUGACGGUGUCUGGAGCGCAACCUAUCCGUCUGGAGUUGAUGUACUCCCACGAACUGGUGCGUUCAUCUGGAGGACCUCGAUCGUGGCAGCCGCCUCUAUGGACGACUGCCCCCGAUCGAGUAGAGCACUUAGGGGGCAUAGCCCAGCUAAAAAGGUCUCUCGGGGGGCUCAGUCAGCGCAUUGCUGCCCCCUCGCCAGUCAGAGCAGUUGGACUCGAGAUGGCCAGCCGAGACAUUUGUGGCACCCGCGAAACAUGGCUGCCUCAGACCGGAUCUACGCCCAUGACCGGGCCUUACGCAGGCACUCGACACAAUGCCCUUCUCGAUACACAAUUGUCUACAUGGUCUCCAUAG